GAGCUGCUGCCCGGCCACACUGUAGCCAGGGGAGGGCUCCGGGUGCUGCGACUGGUGGGGGGGAGGGCUGCUCUCUGUGCUCCCCACAGCCGGGGAGCUGCAAAUUAUUGCUGCUGCUUCUCCUGGGACCCGGGAGCCCACCAGGCGGAGCCGGAGACUGCAGCGAUGGGUAAAUCUCCCCAGCAUUCCAGCAGGGACAGGGGCCCCUUUGCUCCACCCCACACCCAUCAGGUCUGAAAGGACUGAGGCCAGGUCUACACUACAGACCUAUAAGUUGAACCGAUAAAAGAUAUCACCCUUGUCUCUCUUGAAUAAGGGCGGCUUGACUUCAGCACUUCUGAAGGUCAUGGGAGAUGGCAGCCAUGAUGAACAAGGGAAAACAAGGGCCAGUGACCUUCAAGAAGGAGACUCAUCAUGCAGGAGAACUGUGAGAAUGUGACCUCGCUGGCAGGUGAUGGGACGGUGAGCGAGAGCCAGGAGGAGACUCCUCAGCAGGAAGGUCCUGAGCAGGUAGAACCACAGGGGAUCGUGCUGGGAAGACCUGAAGAGGAUAUUUUUCAAAGUUCUGAGCCGAGAGAAUCCUGUGAGACUCAGUGCAGGCCAGAGGGGCAGCUGGGAAACCCCCCAGAGGACAGACAGGGAAAAUCCAGUCACCGGGAGGGAGGUUUGGAGGACCUCAAUAGGACCACAAUGCAGCUGAGAAUCAGCACUAAAGAGAAACGGCAUGAAUGUGCUGAGUGUGGGAAAAGCUUCAACCAGAGAUCAAACCUGAUUGUACAUCAGAGAGUUCACACAGGAGAGAGACCUUAUAGCUGCCCUGACUGCAGGAAAAGCUUCAAGCAGAGUUCAGACCUUCUUCGACAUCAAAGAAUUCACACUGGAGAGAGGCCCUACCGAUGUCCCGUCUGUGGGAAAAGCUUCAAUCAGAGCUCAGAACUUAUUAAACAUCAGAGAACCCACACGGGAGAGAAACCCUAUAAGUGCCCUGAGUGCGGGAAAAACUUCAAUCAGAGCUCAGAACUUGUUAAACAUCAGAGAAUUCACACAGGAGAGAGACCCUAUAAGUGCUUGGACUGUGGAGAAACCUUUAGCCAGAGCUCACACCUUACUGUGCAUCAGAGAAUCCACACGGGAGAGAGACCCUAUAAGUGCCCCAUGUGCGGAGAAAGUUUCAGUGUGAGAUCAGCCCUUACUACACAUCAAAGGAUCCAUACAGGAGAGAAACCCUAUGAUUGUCCCAUCUGUGAAGAAAGUUUCAGUCAGGUCUCAGCCCUUAUUACACAUCAGAGAAUCCACUCUGGAGAGAGACCCUAUAAAUGCCCCGACUGCGGGAAAAGCUUCACGCAGAGCUCAGCCCUAAUUAGACAUCAGAGAACCCACAUGGGAGAGACACCCUAUAAAUGCCUAGACUGUGGGAAAAGCUUCAAGGCAAAGGUCUCUCUGAUGUCCCACCAGAAACUGCACACAGGAUAGAAGGUGUCAGGAGCUUUCCCUGCGGGGCAAUGGGUCUGUGCCCUCCUGAAGCAAACUGUAAAUGUGCUUCCUUUGAGGAUGAUCUGGGUAGGGACAGCAGGCUGGUGGAUGGUUUGGGGGGUGGUUGGUGGAGCCCGGAGAAGAAGGAAAUGCUGGGCACUGGGGAGAUGAGUCAUUUCAGGGUCCGAGGGGAGCAAGUGGUGGGAUCAGUGGGGAGAUGUUUCUGUGGGUUCCACACACUCUUUCCAGUGUAGGGAAGAAGUAAAAAUGCCCCAUUGUCA